AUGAAGCUCACAAUUCCUUUAGUCUCAGCAAUAGUACUAUACAUUGCUGGUGCUGUAACAGCACACAAUGAUCACUCUCAAACUGUUCUCAAGCAAAAGCCAUCCAAUUUAAGAUGGCAGGAUUGGCACAUGCUUGAGGAGCACAAGCUCUCAGAAUAUGAUGGGAAAUCAUUCUUUAAGCUACAUGAUCUUAAAGGAACAGGGUUCUGGGACAUAACAGAUAUUUUGAAUCUUUAUGGUGUGGCACAUGAGUCUAUUAUUGGCGAUGGCUCAGGAAUGGGUGAGGACAAGGUCAUUAUCACAGCCGAGGUUCAGGCCAAUGUGGUGGAGUCUGUUUUCAAAUUGUUUGACAAGAACAAAGAUGGCAAGAUCAGUCUUGAUGAAUGGUUGAAUUUCCACAACAAUGGUGGAGAAUUGCCUGAUUUUGGAUAUGGACAAGGCCACCACUUGGAUUUUGAAAGUGAGUACGAGGAACAUCAUUGGAAAAAAUAUCAUGCAGAAAAUGACCCAGACACAAAGAUCAAACACAAGGAGGAUAUAGAGCACGAAUUAUUGCAUCACCAAUACGAAUUGGACGAGACCCAUGAUCGGUCAGAGAAAUUGAAAGAAGUGAUUAGAAACUAUUUGAGUCCAGUCAGGGUACAAAACAUUGCCGGUAAAUACAAACGUGAUAUCAGCCACCAGUUGAUGUAA